UACAACUGAAGUGAUGAAUGAGUUCGAAACACUCACUGCCAAAUUCCACUUUGUUGAUCUGGCUGGCUCUGAGAGACUAAAACGAACAGGAGCUACUGGGGAUAGGAUGAAAGAGGGAAUUUCUAUCAAUUCUGGACUGCUGGCCCUGGGUAAUGUGAUCUCAGCCCUGGGAGACAAGACAAAGAAAGGUUCCCAUGUGCCAUACAGGGACUCUAAGCUAACCAGGCUUCUACAGGAUUCACUUGGUGGAAACAGUCGCACACAGAUGAUAGCCUGUGUGUCACCUUGUGACAGAGACUUCAUGGAGACAUUGAGUACACUGAAAUACGCCAAUAGGGCACGGAAUAUCAGGAACAAAGUGUCCGUCAACCAGGACAAGACCAGCAAACAGAUAGCAGCAUUGAGACAAGAAAUAAUACUUCUACAAGAAGAACUUAUGGAAUAUAAGACUGGUAAAAGGACAAUGGAUGCAGAUGGUAGUGAAGCAUUGAAUGAUCUUGUCACAGAGAAUGCUAUGAUACAAACAGACAAUAAGAAUCUACGUGCCAGAAUCAAGGCCCUACAAGAGACUAUAGAACAUUUACAGGCUAGGAACACACAGCUACUAGCAGACAAGGCCAUAUUAGACUUCCAAAACAUUUCAGGUGAUGCGCCUAGUGAUGAGGUCACAAGUCUAGUCAAAGGCUACAUUCAUGAGAUAGAAGAACUACGCACUAGACUUACAGAAUCAGAAGCAAUGUGUGAAACAAUAAAACGCACAGCCUCACAUUCCCGCACUCCCACAAGAGCUAGCCCCAGCAGCUCAAAUAUCUUUGACUAUGGGCACACUAGCAGGAUUAGUGGUACUUUUAGUCCUGAUAACAACCUAAAUGCAGUCAUCGAAGAGGCCAAGAGAGACAUUGCUAAAGCAAAGAAGAAAGUUAAAAGGACCAAGAGCACCAGUGAGAGUGAUAAGGAGAAUGUUGAGAGUAAGGCAAACAAAGAGGCUGAUGAGAAUGAGAAGGUUGAAGAUGAUGAGGAGGACGAUGUUGAUGAUGAAGAUGACAAUGAUGAAGAUGAUGACGAUGUGGAUGAUGACGAAGAUGAGGAAGUUAGCUCAGAUUCUGAUUCAGAAGAAAAAGGAAAUGAAAUUAUAAGUGAGGAACUGGCCAACAUAACUUGUGAUAUUAAUAUAAAGGAGCAGCUUAUUGAGAAGUUAGAAAGCAGUCAGAAGCAGAUGAAUGCCAUGAAGCAACAUUAUGAAGAGAAGUUGAAAUCUUUAAGUCAGCGGAUCAAGGACACUGAGAAAGAAAGGGACCAGGUUUUACAAAGUUUAGAGAAGGAUCAUUCCAGUGAGAAGGUUGCUAAGGUCAGAGAUGAGUUCAAGAAGAAGCUGAAUGAUCUUCAGAGUGAUCUCAAGAAGAUGUCAGCAGCAACCAAGGAACACGCAAAACUAGUGAAGAAUAAUACAUCCUAUCAAAUGCAACUGAAGACAGCUACAAAGGAGCUCAGUGAUAUGAAGAAAUUAAAGGUGAAGUUAAUGAAACAAAUGAAGGAGGAAGCGCAGAAGUCGAAGCAAGCUGAGAUGCGGAACCAGCGGGAGGUGAUGGGACUGAAACGUGAACAACGAAAGAAAGAGGGGAGAAUUAAAAGUCUUGAGAUUGAAAAUAGACAGAAGGAGAUUGUACUAAGAAGAAAGCAAGAAGAGAUGCUAGCGAUGAGACGAAAAGAACAACAGCGGCCCAUGUCUGCCAAGGCUGCAGGACGUAUAGGGAGCUAUGACCGCCCUCUCACAAGGCCUGUUGAUCCAAUAUCCCGCAGGAGACGUAAAGGAGAAUUCUCAGCUAAAGCUGCCAAACAAAAGUGGGAUACACUAGAAAAAAAUGUGAUAAAAACUGUGUCAAGAAAACAGACUCUGAUUGCAAUCGAGAAAGACAUGGAUCUCUGGCUGAAGAGACGAGAUGAGCUGAUAAAGAAAACAGAGAAAAGAAAAGCAACUAGAGACAAUGCACUGAAAAUGGGCAACAAGACUCCUGAAGAUAUGAGAGUUUUAGAUGAGCAGAUAUCAAGCUUACAGAUGCAAGUCAAUGAUGCCCAGGAUCGAAUCUCAGAUUGCCAGAAUGAGAUUAUGGAAAUGGAGGAAUCCAGAGACAUGGAAGAUUUAGACCCUGCACCAUUACUGGAGAAAUGUAACCUUCAGGAAGCAAAAUAUCUAAUUGAACAUUUUAUGGCCCUAGCUGUCAACAAGGGCUUAGCAUGUAUGCAGAAAGAGAAUGAAGUGAAAGAAAUUUCUGCCAAUCUCCAUCGCUUUGAGGUUCAGAACAAGUUCCAAUAUGACCUACUACAGCAUAUUGUGGUUGAUUCUGUACAUGGAGAGUUUGAUGAUUCUCUACUAGGUGCUGAUCAAGAAUCUGACAGCACAAGUACCUCCAGAUCGUCCUCACCAAUUGACAGUGACACCUAUAGGAUGAUGGAGGCGCAAGAGUUGCUGAUUGGUCGAGGUAGUCUGGAUAAUGUCGCAAGGCCAAACAAGGGAGAGACCAAGGCCAGACGAAAAACUGCCACAACAGAAGAUCUACUUUUUUGCGGUGGAUCAGAAGAAAAUAUAAUCCCAGUGUUACCCAUAAUGCCUGAAGAACAUGAAGAAAUGAAACAGACGAAUACCAACAGCCUCCUUCCUGAUAAAAAACCCAGUCUCGAUAGUUUACUGAUGCCCCCUCCAUCGAGGGUUAAAACUUUAGAAAAAGUAUCAAGUGAUUCUAAUAUACCCAGAAAUACCAGGCCCACAAGUGUUCCUGUACAAAAAGACCAAAAUGCAGUAAAAAAUGACAGAGGGAUAUCCCCCCAGUAUGGAAGUGGACGCCUCUCAGCAAGGCAGACCCCAGAACCUUCUCCUGUUCUAAGGCGGAAGAAUAUUCCUGCAGUAAUUCAGCCAACGAAGACUCAGACACCUAGCUCAGUUGGGGACGCCCCCAAGUCCAAUACUAGUCUAUUCAAACGCAGUCGUAGCCUCCGCAUGAGUAAAGUGGAGAAACAAAACAAGAUUAACAAAUCAGCAACAUCACCUAAUGAACCCAGCAAUCAGACUACGAGUCCAUUUAGACGGAGCAAAAGUUUACGACUUUCUGAUUCUGACAGACCCCCCAGAAUUAACACAAUCAGUUCUAGUUCAAUCAGUAGCUCUGGCAGCACAUCCGAUGCCCCCCUUACCCCCAUACCUCCGGAACGACGUAAUAGCUUUACCCUCAGUACAGACCAAAAUGCUAACAAUUUCAAAUGGUCACAAAGGCAAACCUCUAUAGACAGUACUCCCGAUGAGUCUCCUAUGGGGUCCCCAAUGACCUCACGAAAGCGAGAGGACAAUGUUUUCUCCAGACUUACACAUUCUGGACCAAGUUCCCCUAAAGUUAACAGGGGUGUUAUUGCACCAUAUAAUAAUAAGGCCAAUUUCAAGACCAGCCCCCUGGUAUGCACCCAUGUAGCAGAGGGCCAUACAAAAGCAGUGUUAUCUGUAUUUGCUACAGAUACACACAUGUUCAGCAGUAGUAAAGAUCGCAAUGCCAAAGUUUGGGAUUUAAAUACUGGUCAAGAUUUGGACACAUAUGGGCCCCACCCUAACAAUGUGAUAGCUGUUCGCUUUAGUGAGGAAAACAACAUACUUUAUACAGUCUCAACAUCCUAUAUAUAUCUGUGGGACAUCAGAGCAGGCUCAUCAAAAUGCAUAAAAACUUUAAGUUCAUCCGGAUUAACUCAAAGUGGGCAGAUGAAUGUUACUGAUGGAGUAUCACGUUUGGUGUCCCUACCCCCUGGGGAGACUACGAUUAAUGACAUUUCUCUUGCCCCUGGUGGAUCUGUCAUGUACUCUGCUGCUAGUAACACAGUCCGCAUUUGGGACCUCAGAAAGUUCAUGGCAGUAGGCAAGUUAACAGGUGGCCACCAAGCUGCAGUGAUGGUACUCGAGGUUGGGCAAGAGACUAACGAUGAUGCACUUACCAUAGUUACUGGAUCUAAAGAUCACUAUAUAAAGGUGUUUGAUGUGCAAGAGAACUCAGUCGGAGUGUUGGGGCCUAAAUACAACCUGGAACCACCCCACUAUGAUGGUAUCCAAUCACUUGCUCUAUCAGGGGACCUGUUAUUUAGUGGCUCUAGGGACACAUGUAUAAAGAAGUGGGACCUUAGUGAUCAGUCCCUGAAGCAGUCCAUCAAUGGGGCCCACAAAGACUGGAUCUGUGGGCUGGCAUUCAUGCCAGGAGGUACCUCAGUUCUAAGUGGCUGUCGUGGAGGCAUGCUGAAGUUAUGGAGCGUGGACAACUGCAAUCAGCUAGGGGAGAUCAAAGCACAUUCCAGCCCAAUAAAUGCUAUAACAACCAACUCAAGCUGCAUAUUCACUGCAUCAAAUGAAUGUGGCAUCAAGAUCUGGUCAUACAACAUUGACAACAAUUACAACACAUACAACCAUCAAGACCAGGAGAAUACAAACACUUACAACAUUAGAACAAGAAGCUCAAAGAGCAGAGAGAAAGUCUUGUUUUAA